AUGUUCGUGGGAUUCGGCUUUGAGCCUUCUGACCGGUCUUUGAUGUGCUAUCUCUUCAGCAAAGUCACUAGCAAGUCUAUGCUGCAUCUUGAUCAAGUCCAAAUCAAGGAUUUUGACUUAUAUGGAGAGAAAGAACCUUGGGAAAUAUGGGAUUUGCAUGGUGGGUUUAAUCUUCAAUCCGAUGAGGAUCUCUACUUCUUCACUAAGUUGAAGAAGAAGUCUCAAAACGGUUCAAGGAUCAACCGUUCUGUUGGUACUGGUACGUGGAUGGGUGAAGAUUCGGGUAAGCCAAUAUAUUCUCGAUUGUCAGCAAUACAGCCCUUGGGGUUCAAGAGAAGGUUCCGAUAUGAGGGCGGAGUGCCGCAACAAGUAGGUCAGUGGAUCAUGCAUGAGUAUAGUUUUAAUACUACUUUGGUACCUGAGAAUGAUCAAGGUUACGUGCUUUGUCGAGUAAGAAAGAAUGAUCGUGAGGAGAAGAAAGCUGAGAAAAGAAGAAAGCUGAUUACAUGA